UCCUCGGGGCGGGGCUGGGACGGCCGGAAAAUGGCGGCGGCGGCGGGUCCGAGGGUCACUCGCCAAGGCGCCCUUGACGGCUCUCCCGGCCGGGCCACCUACCUUGCUAGUAGGCGGCCUCAGAGCGUAGCAUGAAGGGGCAGGAGGGAGCGAUGACGAGCACUUGGCCGCUCCAAUGAACACCCAGGAGUCCGGGUCGCGCCCAAUCAGGGCCCAGGCGGGGGAGACAGGGUAGGGUGCGCGCGGGCACACAGGGAACGCGCGGGAGCCUUUCUGCUGCCAGCCCUGAGCUGUCCGCCUCGCUGCGGUCCGCCCGCCCUGCAUCCCGGCCCCCGGCGUCCGCCGCAGGUCGCUGAGGAGUGAGACAACCUACUGAUCUGCGGCCUGAGCCCAGGAGCGCCCGGUGCAGCGGUCGCGGAGCCGUCCUGGCGUCUGCUGCCAUGACCGACUCUCUUCUCAGAGGAGACUCUUCCUCAGCGGUGGCUGCAGGGAGAGAUGAGCGGCGGCUCCUGGCCGCGGGACCGUAAGACGGGUUCGUGGUCGGCCAGUUAGGGGCACGCUGCGGACGACCGCCUGCGCCCUCCCGGGCUACUUCCUUGGGUCCCGGAGGCUUGUGGCGGGCCCCGCAGGAGGCGGCAUGUUCCCGCAGAGGCUGCUGGUCGCCUGGCUGGCGGGGGUGCGGGGCGGGGGCUUGCUGGCGCUGCUGGCCAAUCAGUGCCGCUUCGUCACGGGCCUGCGCGUGCGGCGCGCGCUGCAGAUCGCACAGCUCUACGGACGUCUCUACUCCGAGAGCUCACGCCGCGUCCUCCUCGCCCGCCUCUGGCGCCGGCUCCACGGCCGCCCUGGCCAUGCCUCUGCCUUGAUGGCGGCGCUCUCCGGCGUCUUCGUGUGGGAUGAGGAGAGGAUCCAGGAGGAGGAGUUGCAGAGAUCCAUUAAUGAGAUGAAGCGGUUGGAAGAAAUGUCAAAUAUGUUUCAGAGCUCUGGAGUCCAGUGUCACCCUCCAGAACCAAAAGCCCAAACAGAAGGGAAUGAAGAUUUGGAGGACAAAGAGCAACCUUGGGAAAUGGUGAUGGAUAAGAAACACUUUAAGCUGUGGCGGCGCCCAAUUACAGGCACCCACCUCUACCGGUACCGAGUUUUUGGAACCUACACAGAUGUGACACCUCGGCAGUUCUUCAAUGUUCAGCUAGACACAGAGUAUAGAAAAAAGUGGGAUGCCCUGGUGAUCAAGCUGGAGGUGAUUGAGAGGGAUGUGGUUAGUGGUUCUGAGGUUCUUCACUGGGUAACCCAUUUUCCUUAUCCAAUGUACUCACGGGAUUAUGUUUAUGUUCGGCGGUAUAGUGUGGAUCAGGAAAACAACAUGAUGGUGUUGGUGUCGCGUGCUGUGGAGCAUCCAAGUGUGCCAGAGUCUCCAGAAUUUGUCAGGGUCAGAUCAUAUGAAUCCCAGAUGGUUAUCCGUCCACACAGGUCAUUUGAUGAGAAUGGCUUUGACUACUUACUGACAUACAGUGACAAUCCCCAAACAGUGUUUCCUCGCUACUGUGUUAGUUGGAUGGUUUCCAGUGGCAUGCCUGAUUUCCUGGAGAAGCUGCACAUGGCCACUCUGAAAGCCAAGAAUAUGGAGAUUAAAGUAAAGGACUACAUCUCGGCUAAGCCUCUGGAAAUGAGUAAUGAAGCCAAGGCCACCAGCCAGUCCUCUGAGCGAAAGAACGAGGGCAGUUGUGGCCCUGCUCGGAUUGAGUAUGCCUGACAGGCUUUGAGAUAAGAAGGGACAGGCGCUUCAGGCCCCGUCUCAGUCGUUUAUCACUGCUAUAGAACGGGGACAUGCCACGUUAUUAGAAGGCAUCUGCUGUAACUUCCAGUGUAAGAAGAUAAUUCAGUAACUCAUGUCCCAUUUUAUUCAGAGCCCUGUUGCUCUUAUCAGAAGAAAAGAAGGCUACAUUUGUGGGAGUGUUGUCAUAUUCUCAGGCCAACUAUUUUGAAAUUCGGUAUCUCACUGAGCGAAUCUGGAACAAACCUCUCACCUCAGGCCAGAAGGGAAUGACCUUCAUUUGCUUCUCUGAGUAGUUUCCUCUGUUGACAUUCCAAAUCCCAUCAAUUGUGCAGCGCUUUGGAUUUCCUUCAGUUCUACAGGUCCACCUGGAAAGUGUAGUUGGUUGGUUGAGUCUCUCAAAUGAGGGGCUACUGGGAGUACUCUUGGUAACAAUCUUGAUGUCAAUGGGUGAAUGAUACUUGGCUGUGUUAAGUGCCUUGUCUGCACCUUGCUUUUAUCUCUAGGGACAUGAAGUUGUUAUUAUUAUUUUUUUUAAGUAGAGUUGGAGUCUCCUUAUGUUUCCCAGGCUGGUCUUGAACUCCUGCCUUGGACUCCCAAAGUGCUGGGAUUACAGAUGUGAGCCACCAUGCCUGGCCAGUGACAUGAAAUUUGUACCAAGAAAUUUCCCUCCUUGCUUGCACAAUACCACCCAUUGAUUCACCUUAUCCAAAGCAGUUUUUCCUUUGAAUCAGCCAGUUCUUCUAUAUUCAUUGGAUCAUUUCCUCCUUCCUAACCUUUCCUAUUUACCAAGAGCACUGGGAGACUAAUCAUUUUAGAUAGAAGCUUUUUGAUGCUCAAAACAUCGCCUUUAAAUUUAGUUUAAAAAUUUUUUAAAUUUUAUGUCAAAAUGAAGAAGUUGGAGUUGAGUGGGAUUCUACCUUAGUCCCAUUGUAUAGAAAGGAUCACCAUUUUGAUGCAGACAUUAUUUUUCACAUUUCAGGUUUGACUUGUUCUUAGAAGGCUAAAGGUGGAGGAAUGGGGGGCUGGGCCACUCCCUUGGAGCUCUCAGAUCUGUAGACAAGCUGUGUGAAUGCAUAGAUGUAAUCUUGCUGCAAAUACUAAUAUAGUGGAGAUGUGGUUUAUGUUACCAUCAUGUUCCUCUAAAAAGUUUUUCUUACUCUUUUCAGAGCCAGAAUGGGAUAAAUUCACAAUCAGAUGCUGUCAGUUAGACCCAGCUGGUUUUGCUUAUGGUCAUGCCGCAGUUUGUUAGGAGAAUAAGUAAGGAUCAAGUUUUAAAUCCUCCUCUGUCCCUUUAUUCUGGAGUCUUGAUGGCCAGAGGUUUUUGUUUUUUGUGUGUUUUUUUUUGGUCUGCUUGCUACUGUUUUGUGGUGUUGAAAAGUGAUUUAGCCGGGCACAGUGGUGUGUGCCUGUAGUCCCAGCUACUUGGGAGGCUGAGGUGGGAGGAUUGUUUGAGCCCAGGAGUUCUGGGCUGUAGUGCGCUAUGCCGAUCGGGUGUCUGCACUAAGUUUGGCAUCAAUAUGGUGACCUCCUGGGAGCGGGGGACCACCAGGUUGCCUAAGGAGGGGUGAACCGGCCCAGGCCGGAAGUGGAGCAGGUCAAAACUCCUGUGCUGAUCAGUAGUGGGAUCGUGCCUGUGACUAUCCACUGCACGCCAGCCUGAGCAACAUAGCGAGACCCCCAUCUCUUAUAAUAAAUGAAUAAAGAAGAGUGAUUUGAACUUGAGACUGAUUUAAACCCUUCUUUGACCUCAUUGUUGCCUGUUCAUUUUUGUGCCAAGGAAGUAGCUGCCCCGGUGUGUCUUGCCUUCUCACAGUCAUUGUUGGAAGAGCAGAAAGAUGCAUUGAGCAGUCCUAGCUGCGUUUCAUUCAUUGCUUUUCUUCUCCCCAGGACCUCACAGAAGCUAGGGAAGAGUCCCUGGGUUAUGUCCAAACUUAGCACCUGUGAUUGUUGGGGUGUGGAUGGAUGUGUGCAUGAGACAGAGAGUAUGUGUGUGUGUGUGCAUGCAUGUGCACACACAUGCACAGGUACAAAGGAGUUACCGUUGCUCCAUGUUCUGACUGAUGGAAAUUUGAUUCUGCACUUGGGGUCUGCGUGUACAGUUACUCAUGUCAUUGUAAUGAUUUCACUCCUAACUGUGACAUUUUUAUGAAAUGUGUGAAUAAAUACAUCAAGAUUGAUA